AUGGCGCCUCCCUACAAAUGGUAGACAGACAAUAUGGGUGAGAACUUGGGGCUGCACCCACAAUAACUCGGAUGGAGAGUACAUGGCAGGACAGUUGGCUAGCUAUGGUUACACUAUCACUGAUCACAAAGAUAGUGCUGACCUCUGGCUGUUGAAUAGCUGUACAGUGAAAAGUCCUGCAGAAGAUCACUUUAGAAAUGCGAUCACAGAAGCCAACAAAAAACAGAAACACGUUGUUGUUGCUGGUUGUGUACCACAAGCUGCUCCCCGUGUCAGCUACAUGAAGGGUCUGUCAAUAGUCGGUGUGCAGCAAAUCGACAGGGUUGUGGAAGUGGUCGAGGAAACACUGAAGGGUAAUUCAGUUAGGCUGCUUGGCCAGAAAAAGCAGGAUGGUAAGAAAUCAGGUGGAGCUCGCUUAGACCUCCCAAAGAUCCGGAGAAAUCCGUUGAUCGAGAUUUUGGCUGUCAAUACAGGAUGUUUAAACCAGUGUACAUACUGUAAAACAAAACAUGCUAGAGGUGACCUAGGCAGCUACCCAAUAGACGAUUUAGUAGCAAGAGCAAAAGAGUCAUUUGAUGAGGGUGUUUGUGAAAUAUGGCUUACAUCUGAAGAUACUGGCGCAUAUGGAAAAGAUAUAGGUGUGACAUUACCUAACCUUUUGUGGAAGUUGGUGGAAACGAUACCAGAAGGUGCAAUGAUGAGAAUAGGAAUGACAAACCCUCCCUACAUAUUGGAACACCUAGAGGAGAUGGCAGCCGUGCUGAAUCACCCGCGCGUGUACGCGUUCCUGCACGUGCCCGUGCAAUCGGCCAGCGACUCUGUGCUGAUGGACAUGAAGCGGGAGUACUGCCGCGACGACUUCUGCCAGAUUGUUGACUUUCUCAGGGAGAGGGUUCCAGGGAUCACAAUUGCUACAGAUGUAAUAUGUGGCUUUCCUACUGAAACUGAGGAGGAUUUUAAGGAGACAAUGGAUCUUGUGUCGCAGUACCGGUUUCCCAGCCUCUUCAUUAAUCAGUUCUUCCCACGGCCUGGAACACCGGCAUCCAAAAUGCGUCAGGUUCCAGCUCAGGAGAUCAAGAAAAGAACCAAGGCUAUAUCUGAACUUUUCCAGUCGUAUAGACCUUACGACCACAAGGUAGGAGAAAAGCAAAGGAUUUUGGUUACAGAGGUGGCAUUUGACAAGAAGAAUUUUGUGGGGCAUAACAAGUUUUACGAGCAGGUGAUCGUCCCCGGUGACGAGCGACUGAUGGGGAGGAUGCUGGAUGUGGAGAUAGUGACGGUGGGCAAGCACUACCUGAGCGGACGCGUGCUGCGGGACGCGGGCCGGCCAGCCGUCGCCGCGCCACUCGUCAAGGGCAGGGUGUCGGGCCUGAAGGUUCUCAAGAAAGAAGACCAGCCAAGUGUUCAAUCCAAUGGGCAAGUGAGACAAUGUGCAGACGACCGUAGUUCAUCUAAACUUCAUGUACUUCAGAUAAGUGUACUCGUACUUGUACUAGCUUUGCUAGCUAGGGUUAUUUUAAGAUAUUUGUCAUCGAGAUAAGUUGGUGAGAUACAUACAGUGUUAUGUUAAUAGUUACGGAAAGCUGACACUAUUUUUGAGUAAUCUGUAAACUAUUAGAUAUCGGGACAGGUCGAAUAAUAAGGGAAAUUAUUAAGGCAUAUAGUAUUUUUUUCUGGUAAUUAGCACAUGCCUAAAUGAAAGUGAGAGGGGUAGGAAAGAUUCAGUAGCCACUACUACUUUCCAAGAUCUUUUGUCUAUUUAUCAUGAUUUUUAGUAGUACAGGAAAUGCAUUGGUAUAAAUGAUCUGGUAUCAGUUUGUCCGAUUGCCAAGUGCAAAUAAAAUCGGGAUCGAGGUCAUGUCUCGCAUCUGUUUUUAAACCGCA